CAUUUUGUGGCCUUGAAUAAAGACACAAAAGGAAGAGACUGUAAGCUAAAAGGUGGAGGUGUGAUGACAAAGCAAAAUGCACAAACACACCUUCCGGGUCUUUGUUUGUUUGAUCAUAGUUUACAAGUGCAGAGUGAAGAGUGAGCAGAGUAGUGAUCACCUCACUCACUACUAAUAAGAGUGACCUGCUCGGUCAUUUAUUUUAGUCAGAUUUCAUUCUUUGAUGCUUCCUGAGUCAAAUUCUGCCUACAUCCUUUAUUUUGUUGAACUGCAAGAAUCAGCGGUGUUGGAAGGGUGAAGCUGUCAUGUCUACCAGAACAUCAGGAAAUAUCACAGCAGCAGUGACUCUCAUACUACUGACAGGAGUUCAGGCUCAGCACAGUGUAACUCUCUCCUCUCAGAGUCUCUGUGCUGUUACUGGAUCUACAGUAAAAAUCUCCUGCCAGUUUACAACACCUGAUCAUUAUAGUGUCAGAGAGAGAGAGUGGUAUCAGCUCCAGAACUCUGAUGGAGAAGAACGAGUCCUGAGUAAAGAUCCUCAAUACGCAGCACGAGUUUCUGUAAGAACAGAGCAGAAUGACUGUGAUCUGACAGUGAAGGAUGUGAGACUGAGAGACUCUGGAGUUUAUAACUUCAGAUUUAGAACAUCAAGCAGUGACUGGAUAUCAGCUUCAUCUGGAGUUAAUCUGACUGUUACAGAGUUGCAGGUGAAGGUGGAUCGUAAGACUGCAGGACAGAGAAAGGUGAAACUGACCUGUAGCUCCACCUGCAGUCUUGAUGAAAUCCUUACCUACGACUGGUACAGAAAAGGAGAAUACAAGCCAAUUACAGGUGGUCCCUCCAUUGUGCUGGACUCCACCAGUCAUCUGAUGAGGGCAGCUACUACUGUGGGUUGUUUGACAGCAGUGGUAGAUUUCACCGCUCUCGUUCAGUGUGUGUUCUGGGUAAAGAGUGUUGGGGUGUGACUUACACUCCUGAACGUGUGUGUGCUCUGAAAGGAUCAUCAGUUGAUCUCUCCUGCUCUUAUAACCCUGGAGGACACACAGUGACUAAAUCAGUGUGGUUCAUUAAAGAGCAGGCUGG